AUGGACUUUAUGAGACUCAUGCAAGGAUUUGUCAUUGAAGGGAAGGAUAAUAGUCAGGCUGGAGGUCCCCCCAACAUGGAACAACAAACAUUGGUUCAGAAGAAGAAGCUAAAGAAGAUUAAUGAUCAUGGCAUAAUUCAUUCUAUUGGGGUUCCUUCUCAUAUUUCUGUAAUUUUCACUAUUCAAAAACAUAAUAUUGUGUUUGGUGAAGCUGAUAUAGAUGUUCCUCUUGGUUUGUUGAAUUUUAGUUAUAAGUUGUAUGUUAGGAAACAUGUCCCAAACAUUGCUCCCCACAAUAUUCCACAUUUUAACAAGUCUGAUCUAGUUGUUGGUGGAAAUUCUCAAAUUCAUAAGGAGAAUAAUGAUGUGAUCCCUGAGAAUAAUUUUGUGAGUAAUGAGUAUCAUGUCCAUGAAGAUGUUGAGGUUGAUACUAUUGUAGCCCAAGAUGGUGUUGUUAAUAACAAUAAUAAGAAAAUAAGAUAUGCAUCGAAAGUAAAUAAGGAUCAUGCAGCAGAAGAUGUGGAGAAAGAUGUUAAUACAUUGUGUGGAGACAUGGUAAGUAGUGAUGAAAUCAUAUUUCUAGGGUGUUCUAUUAAUAGAAAGGUACAUAGAUUGUUUACCAAGGGCACACAAUCUAUAGGUGUCAUUGUUAAUUAUGUUCAAACUAAAAUGAAUCCCCGUGAAGAUGAAGAUUUUGAUAUCAUUGGUCUUGAAGUGGAGCAAGUUAUUGCUGACAAAAUAUGA